AAGCUUAAUGAAGGACACAAGAGAAGCAUACACCCUCGACAAGUGGUAGAACAUAAACCAUUUGCUGCAGCAGUGGACUUUUUCAAUUUUUACCCCAUUGUUUUUCAGAAAUAUUAAAAAAUAAGAAUGCCUGUCCUUCAGGAUUUCAGGGAGGAUGAAAGUGAGGAGGAGGAAGAAGAAAAGGUGUUCCUUAAGCCUGUUAUUGAGGACAGAAACAUGGAACUGGCCAGAAGAUGUACUGAAAAUAUAAGUGAUAUCCACUAUAAAGAAGAGUAUGAAAAAUCUAAAGGCAAGUUCACGUUUGUAUCUGACACCCCUCAGUUAAAACAUGUGAAAAAUAUGAGUGCUUUUAUUUCUGAGGCAAAGUACAAAGGAUCUGCUAAAAAAGACCUUUCCAAUUCUCUGUAUAAGCAGAUGCCAGCCACAAUUGACAGUGUGUUUGCAAGAGAAGUUACACAGCUUCAGAGCAAGGUACUCUACAAACAGAAAUAUGAUGCUGAAAAAGGGACAUCAGAUUAUGCACAUAUGACAGAGCCCCCAGAUGUUAAGCAUGCUAUGGAAGUCGGUAAACUCCAGAGUAAUGUGUCAUAUAAGAAAGAUGUGCAAGAUACACACAGAUACACUGAAGUGCUGAACAGGCCAGACAUAAAGAUGGCAAGCAAGAUAUCAAAGAUAAUAAGCAAUGCUGAAUAUAAGAAACGAAGAGGAGAAAUGAAUAAGGAGACUGCUGUACUCGGAAGACCAGAUUUUGAGCAUGCUAAGGAAGUUUCUAAACUUUUAAGUCAAGUUAAAUACAAAGAGCAAUUCAAUAAGGAAAUGAAGAACCACCAGUAUAACCCUCUUGGCAGUGCUUCUUUCAAGCAAGCACAGAUGGCAUCCACCUUGGCGAGUGAUGUGAAAUACAAAAAAGAUAUGGUGGAAAGUCUACACAAUCCAGCUUCAGACCUGCCAAACUUGCUAUAUUUAGAGCAUGCUUUAAAUGCCAGCAAAAUGCAUAGUAAUUAUGAAUACAAGAAACUGUUUGAGAAAAGUAAGGGGCACUAUCAUUUUGCUCUGGAUACAACUGAACAGAUGCAUCACAAAGAAAAUGCUGUGCUCCAAAGUCAGGUUAAGUACAAAGAGGCUUAUGAAAAAUCUAAAGGCAGAUCAAUGAUGGAGUUCACAGAUACGCCAAUUUAUCAAGUUUCAAAAGAAGUUCAAAAGAUUCAAAGUGAGAAAGCGUAUCGCAAAGAUUUUGAAGAAGGGCUUAAAGGAAAGGCAUCACUGGAUUUAGACAAGACCCCAGAAUUCUUGCAUGUACAACAUGUCACCAAUCUUUUGAAAGGGAAAGAAUAUAGAAAAGAUUUGGAAGAAGGGAUGAAAGGAAAAGGACUGACAGUGUUUGAAGAUACUCCGGAUUUGAUUAGAGUGAAAAAUGCAGCCCAGAUACUGAAUGAGAAAGAAUAUAGAAAAGAUCUGGAAAAUGAAAUAAAGGGGAAAGGAAUGACACUGACUCCAGAUAUCCCUGACAUUCAGAGAGCAAAGAGAGCAUCUGAAAUUGUUAGUGAGAAAGAAUACAAGAAAGACCUGGAGACUGAAAUUAAAGGGAGGGGCAUGCAAGUGGGCACAGAUACUCCUGAGAUACAACGGGCCACGAAAGCUUCUGAAAUUGCAAGCCAGAAAGAAUACAAGAAAGACCUAGAGACUGAAAUUAAAGGGAAGGGGAUGCAAGUGGGCAUGGAUACCCCUGAGAUACAACGAGCCAAGAAAGCUUCUAAAAUUGCAAGCCAGAAAGAAUACAAGAAAGAUCUGGAGACUGAAAUUAAAGGGAAGGGGAUGCAAGUGGGCACAGAUACUCCUGAGAUACGACGGGCCAAAAGAGCUUCUGAAAUUGCAAGCCAGAAAAUGUACAAAGAUGAAGCAGAAAAGAUGCUCUGUAAUUACUGUACCGUACCAGAUACUCCAGAAAUUGAGAGGAUUAAGAAUACUCAGAAAAACAUCAGUUCAGUGUUUUAUAAGAAGGGAGUAGGCUCUGGCACAGCAGUCAAAGAGACUCCUGAGAUUGAACGAGUAAAGAAAAAUCAGCAGAAUAUUAGUUCAAUAAAAUACAAAGAAGAAAUGAAGCAUGCCACAGCAAUUUCGGAUCCCCCAGAAAUAAGGAGAGUUAAGGAAAACCAGAAGAAUAUUAGCAAUGUUCAGUACAAAGAGCAACGUUGCAAAGCUACGCCUGUGACUGUCACCCCUGAGAUGGAAAGAGUCAAGAAGAAUCAAGAAAUUGUCAGCUUGGUUCACUAUAAAGGGCAGCCUGCCAAAGCUACUUCUGUGAGUGUCACUCCGGAGAUGGAGAGAGUCAAGAAGAAUCAAGACAAUAUCAGCUCGGUCAAGUACAGCAGUGAUCAGAAGCAGAUGAAAGGUAGACAAAGUAUGAUUCUUGACACACCUGAGCUAAGGCAUGUCAGAAAAACACAAAACAACAUCUCAAUGGUGAAAUAUCAUGAAGAUUUUGAGAAGACAAAGGGCAGAGGUUUUACACCAGUGGUGGAUGAUCCUGUGACAGAACGGGUGAGAAAAAACACCCAGGUUGUGAGUGAUGCUGCAUAUAAGGGAGUGCAUCCACAUAUAGUUGAAAUGGAUAGAAGACCUGGAAUAAUUGUUGACCUCAAAGUCUGGCGCACAGAUCCUGGCUCCAUCUUCGACAUUGAUCCUCUGGAAGACAGUAUUCAGUCUAGGAGUCUGCGUAUACUUUCUGAAAAAGCAAGGCGUUAUAAUAAACAGCAUUUCCAUUCCACCAGUACUUUUGGCAUGAGUUUGGGAGAUGAAAAGUCAGAUGGUUCUGAGACAAACCCUAGCCUUUCUUACUGCAGUGAGGUAACAAGGCCAUCUGAUGAAGGAGCCCCUGUGUUUCCUGGAGCAUAUCAACAAAGUCAGUCCCAAGGGUAUGGAUACAUGCACCAGACCAGUAUGUCAUCUAUGAGGUCGAUGCAUUCACAGCCACAUUCAGCAGGCUUGAGAACAUACAGAGCUAUGUAUGACUACAGUGCUCAAGAUGAAGAUGAAGUUUCCUUCAGGGAUGGGGACUAUAUCAUCAAUGUGCAACCAAUUGAUGAUGGCUGGAUGUAUGGUACUGUUCAGAGAACUGGGAAAACAGGAAUGCUUCCAGCAAAUUACAUUGAGUAUGUUAACUAAUUUUUGUCCGUAGUCCUUUGAGCUUUAUUCUGAUUUAUUCAAAACUUAACCUUUUGAAACAAAAUACUCAGAAGAAACCUUUAAGACCCCAUGUUCAUUACUUUAUCACGAAUAUAACAAUCUGAUGUAAGAGUCACAAUCUGACACACAUAUCCAAACAGUAUUGCUUAUAAUAAUACUUUGUAAGAACAAAAGACAUAUGUGGAAGCCCGGUGCUGCCUAUUAUGUAAAGGUUUCCAUCCAUUAGCUAUAAAGGAGAAAUGUCUUUUUCUUAGAUUCUCAUUUCAACGUAACCAUAACAUGGAUUCUUUUCUUAUGCCACUUUAAAAUCACAAGAGGCUAAUACUUUCAAUUUAGUAACACAUUCUAAUCAUUUUUAAAGCUGUUUAACAUAGAGCAUUUAAUGCCCCAAUAAAAAUGAUGACUGGAUAAUUCAACCUUUUAAGUAACAGCAGAUAAUGUGCUGGUAAAAAUCCUACUGCCCAGCAGCCUUAUAAGAAACAAAAAGUCUGUCUCUUGACAGUGAAAGUUCCCAACUCUCAUUUGCCCACACAACCGCACUCGUUCCUGGGUCUUACAUUGGCUCUCCUUCAUGACUGUGCCCUUACCUCUUGUCAGUUUUACUUGCUUCCCAAUCUAUCAGUUUUGAUUGUGCCUUGAUUCAUGGCAAAUCUAUGUUUUCCACAACAUAUUUCCCUCUGGCACUGUUCAGAGUGCAGAGCCAAAUUGCCACCUCUUCUAUUUCCCUUAAAUAAUACUUGAGAGACCAGGUGGGUGAGGUAGUAUGUUUCCAUGGAUCAACUUCUGUUGGUGAGAGAGACAAACUUUUGAGCUUACACAGAGCUCUUCUUCAAGCUCAAAAGUUUUUUCUCUCUGACAAACAGAAGCUGGUCCAAUGAGAGAUAUUACCUCACCCACCUUGUCUCUCUAAUAUCCUGGGACUGACAUGGCUACAGCAACACUGCAUACAUUAAAUAAUACUUAACAUUUAGAUAUCAAUGUCCAUCUUCAAAGCACUGUACAAACAAUUUCCAUUACAUCCUUUAUCCUUAACUAUCCUGCUGUAAAUAGCCAGUCUUAGGGCCAUGUACUAUGUGGCCUCAUGAAGCUUAUAGCUACAUCCUUCAUUCUUCCCACAAGUGACUUGCUUAAUGUCUGCUUUGGUGAUAAAACCCACAUGUACCCACCCCUGCUGCAAGGGAGUCCUGCACCUGUGUAGAAAAGUUGAGAGCUCUGAUUUUAUGAUACGUUACAGUUCAACGGCCUAUUGCUUGAGUUCUUUCCAAAACACUGGCUCUAGUUGUGACAUCACUUGGUUGCCCAAAAAUGGGUUAUAUGUUCACCGAAUGAUUAAAGAAGGACAAACAUCAUUGACUGCUAUUGAGUUUAUUUUUUUCUCAUAGCUUCCACCAAAGCAAAAACUAAACAAACAAAAAUCCUGCCACUCUCAUUCCAGCUUCCUCCCCAAAACCAAAAAGAGGAAAAGCUGGUGAAUAUUAUGAGGCAGUUAGCAAAAGGAAAGCUUAUAGACUAUGUUUUAGCUCCUAAGAUUGAUCUUUAGAUCCAAGCAAGUUCUUUAUUCCUACAUAAAAAGUACUUUGAUACCAGGAUUCAGUACCAAAUAUGGAAAUAUUAUUGUCCCAAAUUGUUUAUGCAAAAGAUUCCAUUUUGGCUUUCUAAUACUUCUCUUCCACCUUAAGCUCCAUUCAAAGUAAGAUGAAAAAGGAAAACUAAAGUGAUUAUAUUCUCUUUCAACUUUGGAUCAGCUAAGCCAAUAGCAGGAAACAGUAUAAACAUUACAGGCCUGAUCAUUUUGUUACUCACAAAAUGCCAGGUAUUUUAUUUCUGUUGUCCAUUGGCUUGUGGUCAAGACUGAAGGAUCCAAGUGUGAUCCUAAUCAUUGGGGCACAACAGCUAGUCGCAAUAUUACCUGGCCCUGAUCCUGCUCAUUGAACUCUAUGUGGAUACAGUAUUCCUCCCUUGCCGUUCUCUUACAGGAUCAGGUCCUAAGUCAGAGGGAGCACAAAAUCAUGUAAAGUGUCACGGACGAGUUGGUGCGUGUGUGUGUGUGUUUAAGGAACAAAAUGUUUUUUUCUGUACUCAGAUGUGAAUUAAAGAUGGUAGCCAUUUAGUAGCCAUCCAGAGUUUUGAGACUGCACUGGCCUUCCUGUAUGUUUUAGUUUUUAAAAAUUGAAUUAAAUUUAUGCUGUGUUUAUAGAGAAUUUCUAUUUCUGAUUUCAAUAAGUCAGCCUGCCUAUAUUAUUUCAUUUAACAAUAAUGAAGGAAGGCAAUAAGUAUUCAUUAUAUUAACAGCAACCCACCAGUGCAAGACACCUGCCAAUUCUGCUUUGCACACAUGUAAAAGGCAGCAAGCUUCUUCACUUCCAUUGUAUUGAUAGUAAGGAAGAAAAUGCCAUGCUGCAAGACAGAGAACAGUACAUUUCUAGGAUUGUGGUUUUUUAAAAAAAAAGAGUAGUCCAUAAAUAUUGAAAAGUAAGUAGGACAAGUGUAUUUUCUUGUCAGACAAAGAAAUUCAUGGGUGAAGCUCCCCAGCAGAAAUUAACUUCAGAGAGUGGUUAGAAGCAAGAAAAAUGACUCUGUAAAUGUGAAACCUUGAUCUUCCAUAUUAGGCACCACUGUUAUAACUACACUGUGGUUUUAAAAUUCUGCAGAAACCUUGGGAGUUUUUUACAUGGAGCAGCUGCAGCAACAGGCCCUUAUUCUUUAUUGGUGUCUUCCAUGUCAAAUUUGCUAGCUUGGCAAGUCAAACAGCUUCAUUUAAAUUCCGGACACUUUAAACUCAGCCUAAAUGUGAUCUGAAAAGCAGUCUAUGUCUAUAUCAGUCAUCAUCACCAGCCAUCAGCAACAGGGGGAAGAAUUACAAUUUAUAAUGGUUGAAAAAUUUUUCUGUUGAUGUCUGAGGCAGAACUGGAUAUCAUUUGCUGCUGUGGACUUGUACUAGCUCCAAAGUGCUGACAAUGGCAAAAAUAAGUUGUCAGUAUGCUAAAGAGAUAUGAAUCAGAAGAAACAUAGGGAGCACAUAUGUAUAGCAUCAAGUUGCCAUUUUUAGUAUCUUUGAAAACAGACAAACAAACCCUUAACCACGCUAGCAUUCUUCUCAGCUUGGGAGAGGGAUAUCUAGCACUAUGUAUGGUAACAAGCUAAAUCAGGAAAUAAGCAUUUUAUCAGGUUAGACUAUGAUAUGCUAAACAAUGGAAAUAAAACUACCUUUAUGAAUCUGAAUAUCCUAUAGCCUGGCAAAGCACCAAGGCAAUUUUCAAAAUAAAAAACGGUCAAGAAAACAAAAGAGUAUGUGAAUCCUGUUUCUCUUGAGAAUGGUAUAUCAGCAUAAUUGAUGUACUCAGUUUAAAAUGAUUCAUUUGUGUAGUAAAUUUUUUGUACUGCAUGCUUUUAGUAAUUUUUGUUCAUUUGGAAUGGUUUUCUGGUUUUUGAUAUCUGGGAAAAUGAAUUCUAAUUAUAGAGCACUGUUAGCGGUGGUACCCAAUAUACAAAGAGAUUAGGGCCUGGAUAUCAAAAUGUUUUAUGAGAGCUACAAUUUGUAAUCCACAGAUCUUCAGUUCAACCACCACAAUUUGUAAGUACAAUUCUUACAAGGACUUUGUGAGGCCCUGCUGAUAUACUGUGGAGUGUUGGGAGAAGUAAAUGCCAAAUACCGCUUUUUCCACCUUUUAAAUUGUCUGACAAGCAAGGAAGAUAAAACCUAGUUCUUUUAUUUUACCACAGUGUAUCACCCUUACUCCAUACAUUGCACAUGUGAACAGCAUCUGACUGGGGAGGGAAAUGUUGUCUUCUGGACACAAUCAUCUCAGAAUUCCAUAAUUCAACUUGGAGUUCACUCAUCCCCAUUCAAGUGUUAGAAAAAUAACAGCACUGUAAUGUGCUAUUAUUCUUCAAGAACACAAGUAUAAAUAUAAUACAAUAUAUAAGAUAGUAAUACAUGGCAUCUUGCUGUUCAUUAUACAUACAUCCCCAUUUAGCCUUUUUCUAAACAAAGCUACGAUUAUGAAUACUACAGUUGUAAAGUUCCAUUAUAGCACAUUCAUAUUUAAUAUUGAAAUGCGGCUCUCGUGACCACACUCACUACCACACACCAGUUAAGCAAGGUUAGGGCUCAACAGUGAAUCACUUUAAUGGAUUAUAUUCUUGAUAUGUGUGUCUUUCCUAAAAGUUCCCUGGGGAUUUGGAAGGCCUCUACUGCUUGGCCAAGAAGUUAAUUUUAGUUUUUAUUGUACGGUGAUGGUACAUCACCUUUCCUUAUAAAACAACUACAAACACAGAAGUGUUGGGCAGAAUGUGAUAUAAAGAAUAAAAUCUGCUCGAUUUGAACUAUUUUGAAUAACAUUCUUUAUGAAAUAUGGUAUAAGAUGUAGUUAGUAAAUAUUUAAAUACCACACAGAAACAAGCUAAAGAUGCUUUCUAAACAUAGAUCUACAUACAACUACAUACACUCUAGUGCUUUGUGCUGGCAAGAGCAAACUGCUGGUGAGUUGAAAGGAUAAAACAUUCUACCGUGCUUUAGCAAACAUUCUCCAAUCUUUAUACCAUAGAAACCACACCUCAAAGCUCAUCAUCCCUCUGAAAGAAAAUGUGGAGCUAUAUUUCUUUCUUUAAUUGCCUGCACCACUACAAUAUAUUCAAAUGAAUUUCAUAUGCUUUUGUGUCUGAUAUAUAGCAUUUGCAUAUUGUAUCUAAGUUGUAAUCCAAUUGCUGUUGAAACAUUUUUAUUUUAUUUUAGGAGGAAAAUAAGUUAUAUACUGUAGCAUUACAAUCAUAGCUAGUUCAAUAUUACAAGUUGCUAAACCAUCAGAAAGCAGCACUGACUGUAUUAACGUUGAUUAGCAUGAUGUGGAAACUCUCUCAGAUGUUGGUUUUUGCAGUGUGAUAUAAAAAGCAAAAAUGAACCGCUGCACAAUUUAGCUUAUAUUUGCUUAAAAGUGUGUAGAGUUCUAGUUACUUUGCAAAACUGUAUGUUUUUUGGGAGUAUACGGUUAUGAAGGAAACACUUGCUUUUUUCAAAGGAUGGGGAUUAUUACUGGAUCAUAUGAUGUGUCAACAUAAUUUGGCUUUUGUUAUGCAAAAAGUUAACACCAGUUAUUAAAAUAUAUUUUAGUAGAAAUGCUUUAAUUCCUGUUUUUUCCUCUGCACUGUGAAUCUUUAAGCCUGGGUGGACUAGAGCAACAUUCAUGCUGCCCAAAAUAUUAACCUAUGCAAACUAGUUCACAUUUUAUUUGAUGUCACAGUGGAUGUAACAUUACAGAAUUUAUUCUGCAUAACAUACAACGGCAUUGAAAUAAAAUAUUAAACCUAG